CAUGUUGGUGAGUGCUGUAUUCAAUUUGACAGUUUUAAUUCCAACUCCAGAAUAUAUUUGAUAGUGGAAAAAAUAGCUGGUAGUUUUGAAGAUGACAUUAAUCCCACUAGGUCUAUGGUAGGUGGUGUGGAGGGUGAUACCACCACACUAUCCUGCAGCUACACUGGCUCUGUUGACAAUCUACAGUGGUAUCAUCAGUAUCCCAGGACUAAACCAGAGUACCUGAAUCUCAACACCAAAUCAGGAUAUGUCCAGAAAACUGUCCCUUCUCCCAUGUCAACUCAGGUUCAUACCGACCCGUGUGGAUCUAGAUCUCCUCUGCUGAAGUGACAGACUCUGCUCUGUACUACUGUGCCAUGAAGACCACAGUGACAGGAAACAGACAUCUUGUAUGACAUACAGUACAUAAGUAACAUACCUACUGUAUUUUAAUGGGAGGGACUUAUGGCAGAGGAGGGGCUGACCAGCAGUAUAGAAACAUAAAAACAGGAGGAAACUUUCAGUGUGCUUAGAUCUUACUUUCAGUUUGUCUUUGUUCAUCUAAGAUGGUGUUGCUGUUUCAGUGUUGUUCCUGGCCAUAUUUAUUGCAUAGGCAAUACACUACAAUACAGUACAAUUAAAUUCAAUACAAUGCAUUGCCAUAAUUGUCCAUUUGAAAUGAAUUCAAUUUCAAAUACAUUUUCAUGAACAAUUAAAUGUAUGUGUUUUAAAACCAUUCUCUAUGCAGGUGUCAGUUGUGAGGACCUCACUCCACUCAAGAAAGAGUUCUGUUUAGAGGGAACCCCUGUUACCCUGUCUUACAACUACUAGUGGAGAUGAAUUUACAUUUACAUUUUAGUCAUAUAGCAGACGCUCUUAUCCAGAGCGACUUACAGUUAGUGAGUGCAUACAUUUUCAUACUGGCCCCCCGUGGGAAACAAACCCACAACCCUAGCGUUGCAAGCGCCAUGCUCUACCAACUGAGCUACAGGGGACUAGAAUUCUAUUGUUAUCACCAAGACACAGCACAAAGGCCAAAGUUCCUAUUGUACAUCUCAGGUUCAGAGUUUAUAAAGAAAGCUGAUCCUUUGACCACUCAAAUAUUUGUGAAACUCAAUGAAGAGAAAAAACACUUGGAUCUGGAGAUCUCCUCUGCUUAAGUGACAGACUCUGCUCUGUACUACAUUGCUGUGAGGCCCACAGUGACAGGAAACCUGCACACACUGUAAAAAAAAAAACUCAGCAGGGACCACAUCAGCAGGAAUUUAUCUGGUUAAUUUGAUGUAGACAUCAAAACACUAAUGAAUGACGUUAAUGUCUCCUAUAAAUAAAGUAUAUGAAUGGAAUGUUUCACCUGUCCUUAAUUUGAUUUGAACAUUGAUAGAUUAUGUCAAUUUGAUGUGUAUUUGUAUUCUGCUACAGUCAGGCCUCUUAACCACAUCAUAUACAUACAACAUGCAUGGUUUAUAUCACAUCAUUCCUCUCAACGUGGACCUGCUCAGUGGUUUGGUCCUCUUGUGGUAAAUCCAGGUACUGCACUCUUUAGAGAAGCAUAGCUGAAGCCAACUGACUGGUAAUGGACCAGACAAAUUUAAAACGGCUCUUUUGGUCUGGGUCACUAGAUAGGAAAAGUAGUUACAUUUUGCACAUUUAUGAUCAUUCAUUAUUCAUGUGAGGAUUUAGUGUCUUUAUUCUCAGAACCUCCUCAACAUUUAAAUGCGGUCAGCAAAGUGUUAGUAGAGUAUAAAGGGUUGUCUUUAUAUAUACCCACAAACAGCCGUUUCUGCAGCUCCUGGAUGAUCUUCAGGUGAGGUACCUUCUUAUCCUACAUGUGCUGCCCACUACACCUUCUGAAGGAUGGGUUGAUCAGGCCCAAGUGAGCCACGUGGCUCGUCCACUGCUUCUCACUCUUCAGCCACAAUAACUGAGAUGUUCUCUCUGCCUCCUGAUCAGUUAUGUGACAGAUCUUCUUUGUCUGUACUCCUCCUGUAGACUGCCCUCCACAGUUAUGAAGUCCAGUGACAAGGUUUUUCUAUGUAUAAUAAUGAUAUAAUAGUUCCAUCUAGUGUUCAACAUUCUGCCCAACAAGGUGAAACCUUGACAUUGCUUUUAUUUUGAAGGGCAAGUUACUAGUGAGAGUCAAUAGGUGUCAGUGGAGUCUUAUCAGUUUGCUUCUAUUCCUUUAAGCUUGAAAUAUAAUUUGCAUGGGCUGCAUCUCAAUCCACCGCAUCAGCCUAUGCCGGUCUUCCGCAUUUGCGGUGGAAACCAUGUGACAUCCCAAGAAUCAGUCUUCUCACAAAAACGUCUGUAGCGUCCCGAACGGUUUGGCGUAGAAAAAUAAUAUGACCACUCUAUUGAAAGAUGAAACUCUCACGAAUACGUAUGUAGCGUACGAACUGUUUGGGCUAACAAACUAAUGACCCCACUGUGAAAAGGGGAGAUUCUCACGAACACGUUGGAGAAUUUAAAGGGUUAAAUAUGUGUCAAAAAAAUAUAUACAAUGUAAAUAUAUAUUUCCUGAGCUUUCUUAUAUCUCCUAUUUAUAGGACAGACACUUAAAACCUUAAAACCUUAUUCCGUAUUAUUUAUUUUUUGAAUGUCAUUUUUUGCCAUUUAUGAAUGUGUCAUUCAUUGUGUUUCUAUGGAAUUUGGUAGUAAAGGCCAAAUUCAAUAUUUUAUCAAAUACUUUUGAUAUAUUUUUUUUUAUACCUAAAGGGGUCCUAAACUUCCAAAUCAAAUAGCUAACUGAUCCAAGGUAUGACCAUCUUCAAAUAAUUAUAUGUCAAUUUAUAACACCCGCCCCCAACCUCUUAGACUCUAGAGAAUUAAAUUAUGCAUGUGGCAUGCAAACACUUUACAGGUGUCGUUGUGGUAUAAUUUCCCACACAAUUAGCAUAUCAAACUAAAUCAACCUGAGAAGGGCAGCAUUUCACAGGGAAUCCUUCUAGCAGUUCAACUAAAUUGAAUAUACAAUUAGCUCCUCCCCUACUGCAGAGCCCCAGAAUUAUGAGACUUCUCAGCUACAGUGGAUGGAACAUAAAGUCUAUUACAGUCUAUUCUUCCUCUAUACAUGAAUCAUAAUGGCACAUUGGCUUAGGAAUGCUUUACUUAUCCUGGCUGCAUGCUAUUUUGGUACAGUAUAGUGCUUUUCCUUCCUGUUCUCUUUGUCUGAAUCUUAGCCUAUUAAUUAUUAAUAUAUACAAAUAUAUAUAUAUAUAUAUAUAUAUAUAUAUAUAUAUAUAUAUAUAUAUAUAUAUAUAUAUAUAACUGCUUUUUCAGAUUGCAGAGGUGAAGAGGCUGUUGACCAGCAGAGUGGACAUGUUACUGCCCUUGAAGGAGGACUGGUAACAUUCAGCUGUAAUUACACUACCAGUAGUACAUCUCCUGAUCUCUUCUGGUACAUCCAGUUAACUAGGGACUCUCCUCAGUAUGUCCUGAGAAGAGAUCGUUAUUCAGAAGGGAGCAAUAGUGAUGAGUUCAAGAAGAGGUUUGAUUCCAAACUGAAUUUCACAUCUAGCUUUGUCCCCUUGAUGAUCCAGACGUUGCAGCCGUCUGACUCUGCUUCGUACUUCUGUGCUCUGAGGUCCACUGUGACAACAGAUGAUUCAGUCACUGUACAAAAACUCAGGGUGGAGUGUUGUUCAGACAAUGUCACAAGCUUCUCAAUGUUUGACGAUACACAGAAAGAGGAGGAGACAAGGAGUUCAUAGUCUCAUCAUGGUCUAGUUACAUCAGAGUGGUAUUACUCUUCUCCCACUGAUCUCACAGUAGCAGGUAUGGAACCCUGGCUGAGGAAUUUACUGGUUCUUGCUGUACUUUGUUAUGGUAUGAUAAUAUAAUUUUCCUUAUUUGUUUUCUGCCUUUGCUCCAAUUCCUUUCUUUUAUAAAACAUAUUUCUCAGUACAAUACUAUUAGUAUUAAAUUCCUAUGUUUUUAUUCCCUCAAUCAUGUUGCAUGGUUAUGUUUAUUAAAUUAUUUUCCAGAAUGCAGAGGAGAAGACUCAGUCACUCAGUCACCAGGAGAUGUGAUCGCUACUGAGGGAGAACAGGUCACACUGGACUGUCAAUUUGAUACUCUAGAUACAGAUCCAUUCCUGUUCUGGUACAAGCAGGGAGCUAAUGACUUCCCAAAGUAUAUGCUGAGGAGGACAACUUUUGGAUCAGAUAAUGCCAUUGAAUUCCAGGGGAGGUUCAAUGCCCAUCUCAAUUUAACAAAAAUUUUAUCAGCAUCAAAAUCAGUCCCCUUGACGAUCCAGAGGUUGCAGCUGUCUGACUCUGCUGUGUACUACUGUGCUUUGAGGCCCACUGUGACAACAGGAUAUACAUCCCCCCUACAAAAACUAGUGUAUCCUUGGCACUAGUGUAUAAAAAAUGCAAGCCUUACUUCUGUGGUGGGUGUGAUGUUAGCAGGGCUGUAGACCACACACAGUGAGACACAAAAUAACAUUUAAGAGGAGAGUGAAUGGAUGCAAACAUCAGUGUGAAGAUGGAGAAAUCAAUCAGUGUAUUGAUCAUUCUGAUUAUGACUACAAGUAAACAAUACCUAAAUAUUUGAAAUCCUUGCCUCCUUAUAAUCAAUUUUUUCUAUUAUGGUAUUGCUAGUAAAACAUAUUUUGAUGAAGUAAAGUAAUUGAAAUGUGAAAAAUAAGAAUGUGUUUUCAAUCAGCUUCAAUAUCUAUUUUUCUUCUACAUGAAUGGUAUCUGGUGAUAAUGUGACUCCUGACAAGGAGGAGUACACCCCACUGAGGGAUCAUCAGUGUCUCUGAGCUGUACAUAUGAAACAAGCAGCACUAACAUCUACCUUUACUGGUACCAACAAUACCCUAACCAGGCACCUCAGUAACUACUGCAUAAAGGUGCCAGAGAAAGUAGUGUUGACCAUAUCUCUAAUCAUCUAUAUGAAUCUACAACGUCCAAAAUGUAGACUACACUCAUGAUAAAACAAGUAACUCAGGAAAUAAUACUUCAUAUUAUAUUCAUGUUCAUGUUUUGAUAUAACAUGAUCAGAGAUACUAGUCUGAAUAAAUACAGAAUUAAUAACAUUUGUUGUGUUGUUUUGCUUCCUUAGAGGAUUAAGGGCAGUAAUUGUCUUAUUUUUGACCUUUGUUUUUUGAGAUCAGCAUACAUUUUGAGACAAUACCAAUAGAGGGCAGUCAUGAGCUGAAUUAUCUCUAUUCAGAACUAUAGCAAAAUCAUGAAGAUGACAUUUAGCAGCAAUUCAAACUUGAAAGACAGUUGAACUCAAAUACCCAACCACCUUUAGUGUAGGGCAGUAGAACUACAAAGUAAAUGAGUGCUUUGACAUUACAGUAUGUAGUCUAUAAGAUGUUUGAGGACAGGAUAGUGAUAUUCUCUUACUUGAAAGUGUGUAAAGCCAGUCAUUCAGUCCUCAUAAUGAUGUCUUUAUGCAAUUUUGCUUUUUUCAAUGUCAUUGUGCUGUGGAGCCAACAGUGACAGGGAAACACUGUACAAACACUCGUUCCUGUACUGCUGUGCUGUGACGUCCACAUAACUCACUGACUCAGCACUCAGCAGAAUACAGACUUGUCUGUUUGUGGUUUUACAAGCACCUGCUGUCUACUGUUUGACAGCAUCGCCAUCAAGUGGAAUCUGUAGUGCAUAAAUCAUUUGUAGUAACUGCUUUCAAAUGUACAUAUAAAAUGUCAUUGUUUUAAUAUUGUCAGUAGGAGGAGCAAAAGCAAAGGAUUAGAUUAUGAAUCCUUGUGGUAAGACAUGAUUCUACCUACAUGAAUGAAAUCAAUCUUAGGAGGAGGAGGAGCAGCAACAACCAAAGCAACAGCAACAACAGUAGAAGACUCUUCAAACACACAGUAUGUGGAAAGAACAGGGACCAGUCUGAUUUGCUGCCUUUACUGUCAGUUUGUCUCUUUUACAAAGACCAUUAUGUUACUUUUUUCAAUGUUACUGUUCACAACAAUUAAAGGUAAGAGACAGCAUUUGUUGUAUGAAGAUGUUUUUUUAUUUUCUAUUUCAUAUAUAUAUAUAUAAAACAUUAUCCAAGGAAAUAUUAUCAAUCUUCCAUGUGGAUUUACGGUAUUAUGUUUUACAGGUUUAAAUUCUGAAGAGGUAAUUACACCCUAUACUGAUGCAGUGCUGGCUUUGGACGGGGACAGAGUUACUCUCUCUUGUAACUACACCGCUGGUGACAAUCUUCAAUAGUAUCGACAGUAUCCCAAAUCAGCACCACAGUUACUGGUUAAGGAGUAUGUGGAUAUUACACCAGGGUUCACUCUAAAUCAUGACAAAAAGGCCAAACCUGUGGAUCUGGAGAUCUCCUCUGCUGAAGUGACAGACUCUGCUCGGUACUACUGUGCUCUGAGGCCCACAGUGACAGGAAACCCAGAAACACUGUACAAAACC